CUUUCCCUUCCGUUUGUUCUGCUCGCCACGUAACUGCCAUUUUAACUAACGUUAUUCCCUGGCGCAGCCCGUCCGUAGUUGUCCUAUCACUUUCACUGCGUUGUCUUUGUCGCACCGCACACGUUCUUCCGUCCGUCGCUAUCGCGGAGCUUUGCACGCACACGUUCCGCGUCCCCGUAGUCGCAGAAUACUCGUGACACAUUUCGCAGACCAAGUCGUUGAACACGUGGGUUCGGUGCCGCGGAAUGUUCGCGAACGCCGUUUCGUCGUCGAAGAUGUCUGUGUGUUCUGUGGAUGAUAUUUCAUGGUUCACGAAACAGAUAACCAAGUUAAGAUUAGAUAAGAAAAAAUGUCCCAUAGCUAAAGUAAAGGAAAUUAUGGGUUUACUAAAAGCUGAAGUAGAUUUUAAAUUGAUUUCUGCAAAUCAUUCUCAAUCAGGUAUAACUUAUCUUGUUGAAAUCGAAAGCAAUGGAUUAACUGCUUAUGGUAAAAGUGGUUCAAGUGCUUACGAUGCACAAAAAAGUGCUGCAUUUAACCUAUUUGAAAAAUUACAUCAUCAAUAUUGUACUAUAUCUUCCAUUUUACAUUCCGAAAAAAAUGAAAACUCUAAACAGACUGUACUCAUUGAGAAUAAUAAUGACAACAAUUCCUUACUGGCUACAACUUUGGACAAAGGCUAUUCAUCUAAAUUGAUUAAAGAACCUAAAGAGACAAUUUUUGAUAUUAAAUGCAACAGUUUAAGUAUAGCAUCUGGUUCAGAUUUUUCAUCUAACUUGUCAUUGAAAAAAUAUAAUAAUAGAGAUAAUUAUAAUCAUACGUACAACUCUACUUUAUCUCCUACUUCAUUAGAUUCACCGUUAAGCGAAUCACCUAAGAACAGUGACAAAAAAAAUGCAGUUAUAAAUUACAUUGAUUUAUUAAAUGAGAAAUGCUUGUAUCAUGAUUGGAAGUUACCAAAGUACAAUGUUUCUAAAUUUAAUUUUGAUUUUUAUGGUUCCCCUGAAUCAACAGUGACAUGCAUUUUAUUAUCUUAUGUAACUCAAGGGAAAAGUAUAACUGAACAAACAGCUAAAAACCAAGCUGCAUUUAAAAUGUAUAAUCAAAUUAAUCAACUUUAUGGUGAAGAUUGUGAAAUAAUUUCUGAAAACAAAACACCAUUUGAUUACUUUUUCAAUGAUAUACAAUUUCAAAACCUUAAGAAGGUUCUUUCAGUUAAUACUUUAAAAGACUUGAAAAUGUUUUUAGAUCGUGGAUAUAUGUGUAAUGAUUCACAUUCUUCACAUUCAUUUAAAAACGAAGCUGUUAAUGUUUUAGAAAAAAUUGCAAAAGCUGAACAUUUUGCCUUGAAAUAUGUUGUCAUUCUUCAAAAAUCAGAUCAAGUCAAUAUAAUGGUACAAAUAUUGAUGAAUCCUAUUAUUGUACAUGUCGGUCAUGGAACCACAAAGAAUGAAGCACAAGGAAACGCUGCCUACACUAGUUUAGUCUACUUACAUGCAAAAUUCAAUGACGCUAUAUGAUCAGUGUUUUUGUGAAUAUAAAAAUACUAAUCAUUUUAAUGUAUUAAUGAAUUUAAUUUUAUCAAAUAGUUUA